AUGCCGCGUCUUUUAACCCACUAUUCCAAGGUUUAUGAUGUCCCCCGUCGUCCAUUCGAAAAGGAACGUCUCGACCAAGUGGGUUACCUUGUUUGUUUAUCCAUCUUCUGUUUAGGAGUUGAAAUUGAUCGGUGAAUUCGGCCUUCGUAACAAGCGUGAGGUCUGGAGAGUCAAGCUUACUUUGGCCAAGAUACGAAAGGUCGCCCGUCAAUUGCUUAUGUUAGACGACAAAGAUCCAAAGCGUCUUUUUGAGGGUAACGUCUUGCUCCGUCGUCUGGUCCUUAUGGGAGUUUUGCCCGAAGACAAGAUGAAGCUCGAUUACGUUUUGGGUCUUCGUGUCGAAGAUUUCUUGGAACGUCGUCUUCAGACUCAGGUUUUGAAGCUUGGUCUGGCCAAGUCCAUCCAUCAUGCCCGUUGUUUGAUCCGCCAAAGACAUAUUCGGUGAGGUUUGAAAAUGCUGCUAGAUAUUAUUUUGUUAAUGCGUUGUUGUCGUAUUUUUUGCGUUUCCCCACCAUUAUCUCUUGUUGCUUUUAGUGUCCGUCGUCAGUUGGUUAACAUCCCAUCAUUCUUGGUCCGUUUGGAGUCUCAGAAACACAUUGAUUUUGCUGAGAAGUCGCCCUACGCUGGCGGCAGACCUGGCCGUGUAAAGAGAAGAAACCUGAAGAAGGGAGGUGGAAACGCCUCUGGAGGUGAAGAUGACGAGUAG